AUGCUAGGCAAACUUUUGGACGAGAUGCCGAAACCAAUCCUCAUACUAGGUGAUCUUAACGCUCACCACGCUGCCUGGGGGAGUAGUACCGUCAACUCAGCUCCAGAAUCUAAAAAGAGAGGCGAAGCUAUCCUGGAUUUGGCUGUGUACCACGACAUGGUCGUCCUUAAUAAUGGCACGCAUACCCGCAUCGACCCUUCCACCGGAUUAUCGCAAGCCCUCGAUGUAUCACUAUGCUCGGUGUCUCAUGCUACCAGUUUUACUUGGAAAAUAUUACUGGACUACUCUGGUAGUGAUCACCUACCAAUUCUGAUCGACGUACCCGGCAACCCAAAGAGAUCCAAUCUCCGACCAAAAUGGAUUCUCAAAAAAGCCAACUGGGAGCUUUACGAAAACAUUACGAAUGCAACCCUACGUUCAGGAUGCAAGUAUACGGUAGAAGAAUUCACCAAGAAGAUGAUUGAUGCUGCUGAGGCAAGCAUCCCAAAAACUACAGGUAAUACAGGACGAAAAUCUGUCGCCUGGUGGAACGAGGAAGUGAAAUCAGCAAUCAAAAUCAGACGAAAACGUCUGCGCACCCUGCGCCGCCUGAAAGAAAAUGACCCACAGAAAGUCACCGCACUCAAAGAGUUCCAGGAGGCACGCUCGGUCUGUCGCAGAGCAAUAAAUGAAGCGAAACAGAAAAGUUGGGAGAACUUUGUAGAGAGUAUCAACCCAGCUACCCCUACAAGCCAAGUAUGGAAUAACAUAAAUAGGCUUCAAGGAAAAAGACAAAACAGCACGAUAACACUCAACCUACCGUCAGGCCACUCAAACGAUGGGCAGCUUGUUGCGAAUGCACUUGCUGACGAGUACCAACAAAAAUCAUCAGACGCGCAAUAUGCAGAAAGUUUUCGCAAGAAACACAAAACAAAUACCUGCUCUAUGUAUAAGACCCAGCGCGCAAACGUACACAAAUAG